AAUCACUAUUUUUCAGAAUUUGUAAUGGUCAGUUCUCGGCAGUAUUUGAAGUGGGAACCCCAUUCAACUCUGGGAGCUGUGUAUUCUUCUGGAACAGAUUGCAUACUGAUUGGAAAUGAUAGUGUGCUGCUGGCAGCAUGUGAAGUAGUACAUCUUUGGAGUUUGCGAAGUAAGUCUAUACUCAGAAGCUACCGCGCAGAUUCGUUCGCACGAGUUAACAAGUUGUCAAAAGGUGGAAAUGAACUUGCUGUUGGAUACAGUGAUGGGAAGAUUAGGUUGUUCAGUUUCGAAGCGACAAGUUGUUUAGCAGUACUAUGUGGGCACAAGUCGGAAAUAACAGCUCUCUCAUUUAAUUUAAAAAGUACUCUUCUUGCAAGUGGGGGCAAAGACACAGCUGUUAUCAUAUGGGACGUAGUGAACCAGGCUGGACUUUUCAGACUUCUAGGACACACGGGAAGCAUCACAGAAACCCUCUUCGUUGAACGAGAAAAUUUUAUCGUUACAAGCUCAAAAGACUGUCUGAUUAAGUUCUGGGACUUAAAUAUACAGCAAUGCACUCAAACAAUUGUGGGGCACAAAACAGAAGUCACAUGUGUUGCAUUGUUGCAAGAAGACACAAUUUUGGUCUCCGGGUCACAGGACGCUGAGCUUAGGUUCUACUCUCUAAAUUUUUCAAAAACUUCAAUCGAAACGACCGAAGAUGAUUGUAGUAAAACUCAUAAUUCGGUAGAAGUUCAAAAGCUUGGAUCAAUCCUGCGCUCUCAGACCAACAGUGUUCUAUCUUUGAAGCGAAAAACAGAGUCUAAGAAUUGCUUCUACUGUUUAACUCAAAAAUCGUCGUUGUUGGAGAUGUUUGAGAUCCGUACUGACGAGGAGCUGGAUCUUUUGAAGAAGAAACGAAGCAAGAAACUGAGAAAAGCAGCCGAAAAUCAGGAUGAAGAAAUGGAAAUCGAAGUGACAUUGGAGUUUUCAGACCAUGUUAAAGUUCAGCCAACUGUGUCUUUUUCACGGGUCAUUAAAAGUUUUGAUCUCGUCAGGUCGGGGAGGAAAGUUUUCGUAUGCGCUGGUCUUUUGAAUAAUAAUAUUGAGUGUAAACUUGUAAACGACACGUCAUCUGAGGGUGCUCAAACGCUUGACCUUUUAGGUCACAGGUCCGAAGUGCGUUCCAUCUGCAUAGCAAAUGAUAGCUCACUCAUAAUUUCAAGCUCUAAAGAAACUACUAAAGUGUGGAGCAAAGCAAAAUCUUCAUGUAUCAGAACUAUUCCGAGUGGUUAUGCGCUUUGCAGUUUAGUUGCUCCAGGAAACCGUCACGUGAUCUCCGGAACCAAAUCGGGUAAACUGUACAUCAUGGAUCUUGGUAAUAGUGAUGUUACAAACAUUAUUGAUGCACACAUGGGGGAAGUAUGGGCACUGGAUCAAUUUUCAAACAUGAAGGGAGUAAUAAGCGGAGGUUCCGAUAAGUGCCUGAAGUUCUGGGACUACGUGCUUGAGCCAGGGGAAAAUGAGAAACUUGAACUUAAUUUAUCUCUUGCACGGAAGCUGGACAUGGAAGAAGAUGUAUUAGCUAUCAAAGUGUCCUUUGAUGGCAAGUAUAUUGCAGCUGCCCUGUUAGACAACUCAGUUAAAGUGUUCUUCUUUGACACUUUGAAGUUCUUCCUCAACCUAUACGGUCACAAACUGCCAGUAGUGAGUAUUGACAUCUCCUCUGACUGUCAGCUUCUAGUCAGCGGAUCGGCCGACAGAAACAUGAAGAUAUGGGGUAUGGAUUUCGGAGACUGUCAUCGAUCUCUUUUUGCACACGAAGACAGCAUAACUUGCGUCCGAUUCCUCCCGAAGACUCAUUUCAUUUUCUCGUGCGGUAAAGAUGGUCUAAUCAAACAGUGGGAUGCGGAUAAAUUUCAACUGAUUCAGACGCUGCGCGCCCAUUUCAAGAGCCCAGCUUGGACGCUAGCAAUUUCACCUGAUGGAGACUUCGUAGUCAGUUCUGGAGCCGACAAAUCCUUGAGAAUCUGGGAGCGGACCAUGGAACCUUUGAUAAUAGAGGAAGAGCAAGAAAACGAACGUGAGCUAGAAUUUAAUAAGGAAAUUGAGGACAAUUUAGACAGAGAUGAAGUUGAAUUGUCGAAGGAAACAGAAACCACGCUAGCGUCAAGAAAGACCGCUGAGACAUUAAAAGGCGCGGAACUUCUGAUGGAGCGAUUAGAAAUAUGUGAACAACAAUCUGCAGGCGAACUUGUGCCUAUCUUGCAGGCUUUGGGAACUACCUCGAAUCAAUAUCUGCUUGACGCUGUGUCAAAAAUAACCUCAAGCGAAGUAGAGCAAAGCUUAAUGAUGCUGCCGUUCUCUUAUGCGACGCGAUUGAUCGAAUUGUGUUGCAAAAAUUUUAUAGCUCAUGGUCUGAAAAUUGAAACAAAUUGCAGAAUCGUUUUGUACUUGGUAAGAAUUCAUCAUGCGAGGAUCGUUUCAAAUGAAGAGUUGUCGGCUUUAGUUUUCUCUUGCAAAUCAACUUUGCAAACUCAGAUUAAAUUAUUUAAAGACAGAAUAGCGUUUAAUACUUUUGCAUUACAGUACCUGAAAUUUCAGAUAGAGGCGAAAGAAGAGACGAGAUUAUUUGCAGAUGCAACGGAAACAUUCAAAGAGAAAAGCAAGCGCAGAAGAAAACGCGACAAAGCGAAAGCUGUGAUUACUGUUGUAUCAUGAAGUUAAAAGAUAAAAAUUGCCACCAAAUAAUUGAACUCUUCAAUUGAUGUUUUUCUCCCUAAGUCAGGAGGAGCUUGUCUAGUGCGCCCAUGAAAUGUGGAUGUUUUCUAUUUUGCUGAAUAACAUUUGCGGUAACUUGGGUUUUAUAAUCGAGUACUAUAUGUUUUCCAGAGCAGUUCACAUUCAAAUAAGCAUGAUGCAGAUCAAUUCAUACUCGUCCAUCCGUUUGCUGACUGCUGCCUUUAUAAGCACCUGGAACGGUUACGCAUCUAAUGAUGUCUUCAAUUUUGAAAAUGAGGAUUGAAUUUAGAAAAAAUCAGCUUUUACUUUUUUUCAUAGAUAGAAGAUCAUUUCUAUGUAUAUAUGUAAUUGAGUAACUGGGUAACUUUU